UAUCCUUCUGUCAAUCAUUUUGAUAUGAAAUGCACGAUAGAUCAGAAAAGGUAUAACACAUAACAGUCAUUAAAACAAUGCAACUGUCACAAAGAAACGCUGAUACCAGACAGACUAACAACGGAAUUAAAAAAAGAUGCCACUGAAAUCUGCAGGAAGAAUGGCAUACAAAUUUUUUGAUGGUUGUAUGUUAGGCGUGGAUUCUACAGACCUACAUUCGAUAAGAGAAGCAUGCAGAGAUAAGAUCAUUGAAGAGUAUUCUGAAAUAUUAUCUUUAUUUGAACACAUGGGCAUGGAUAAUUUAUGCCGUGCAUUUCAAAUUGAAGACGGAGAAAUUAGGAGUCAUAAUUACGGCAUGACGCAAGCAGAUCGCCUCUUGUCAAUGAUAGUUAUUCGUGAGGGAGAUGAAUGUCUCAGUUAUCUACAAAAACUACCUCCUAAAGAGCAAAAUAUACUUAAAAGAAUUCUGAGGAAACCAGGAAAAGAAGUUCCAGGCGUUUUUCGAGAGAAGUACAGUAAUGUAACUUUCGAUGUCAUACGAAAUUUUCGGCAAUACCUUGAGAGGGAGGUAGAAAUUUGCAAAGUUAUCAUAUCUCUUCUCGAGUACAAUGUCAUUUCCAUAUCCGAAUAUACAGAAAUCAGAAAUAAGGAUACAAGGGCUAAACAACGGAAACAGUUAAUAGCUUUCAUAUUAAACAAGGAAGAUUUAAACCAGAUAAUCAGAUUUUUAUUCGUUUUACACGAAUUUGGAAGAGAGGAUAUUUUAAAUAUCUUACUGACACGCAACACACACGAUGUAGUAGAAGAUCUCCAAGUAAGACUCAGUGGUACAACUGUUCUUGUACGUAUCCCAAGUUUUCCAACUAUGCAACCAACCGUGCAUGACAUCGCAGCAGCUGCUGGAGAACAUCUUGGACGCAUACUUGUUGAUCAAUGGGAAGGUUCUAUAGUUUUGAGAUUAUACUCAGAAACAGAAAACCUAUCAUCCCUUACGGUUCAUCUAAACGAAGAUAAACUAAAAAGAUUUCUUCAGAAAAUGUACAUGUGUGUUGAGCUACUACCCAAUGAGUGGAAACGUUUAGUAGUUGAAAUGCAAUUUAUCCCAAAUGAUAAGUUUAUAGAAGAUCGCAUGUCGAUCAGUUAUUCCGGUACGCAACUCCAUGAUAACACCGAGAGGAACCAGCCUUGUUCCCGAUGCCUCCAAGAAACUGUUCGCCAAAAUGUGCAAACAAUUGUUGAUGAGCUAGAGUCUGACAUAAUAACAGAAACCUUCAACAACUUUGGCAAUGCUUCAAAAUUUGUGAAAGAUAUGUGUCUCAGUGUAAAAUUUACACCUUCGAGACAAGAACGUGCACUUAGAUUUCUUAAUUUUGCUCUUCAUGAAGAAAAAUGUUUACGAGAAUUCUUCAACGUGUUAAGACGGAGAUCAAAUGUAAACCUGAUUCAAGCUCAGUGUUUGAGAUGUUCAACAACAGAAGCAACUCAUGCUGUAGAGAAUAUGGAACCUUACAACCAAAAACAUGCGAUGUGUUUUUACCUUAUAAGAGAAGAAGGCAAAAAUGUUGUGCGAGGUGAUAAAGAGUGUCUGGGACCAACAGCUGGUUUUUCUAUUAGAGAUAUUCACAGAAGACAGGAGUAUUGGGGUACAACUAGUCAUCAUAUGCAAUUACAUGGGGAUAGAAGUUUCGAGCAGCAGGAAACAGCAUCAACAUGGGAGGAACAAACUGGAACGGUUUUUUAUCCAAGAGAAAGUUCGACGCCGGAAUUUGGCAGUAGAAGGUACCGUCAAUCGAGAGAAUUUGAAAGCAAUCCACAUAUAUCGUACAAAUUAAAAAAGUCAAAAAGAAGAAAGGACAGACGACGGACACAAUAAAAUUUUCUUCAUAACUUUAAAAUCAACCAAGACUUGCGUUAAAAUGCAGUGGUUUGAUUUCAUCAUAUAUGAAAGUAUAGUGUAUUACACAGAAAAGUUUAUUUAAACCGUCACUGAAUGUGGACAAAAUCAAGCAUAGCAUCAACAAGAAAAAUAUACAUGUAUUUGGAUUUUAAAUCUUGAAUGAUUAUUUUGCUCUUAGGAAAAAAAUAUAUGUUUGCUUCUUUCUUGAGUCUUUUGAUAGUUUUUUUUUUAAAAAGGGGAUGGUUCUUAUAUGGCUGUUAAUUAGGGCCCAUAACAAAAUUAGUAAAAGGAAAUAGUAGGUAUACGUAAAUGAGAUAGCAACCAAACGACACAGGCGCAAAUGAACCCGAUCAUAAAAUAAAGUUGCCAAUGCAUAUAUCAUUAUAAAAGUUCUUUCAUCAGCAAAUUUCGGCAUAUUUCAAAACAUUACGCUCAGAAAAAAGACAACAACUGACGAUGUUCUGGAAAAAAGGACAGGCACAUGAAUGUGUCGGGGUGAACCGAAAAGUUUUAGAUACCAUCCCUUUCUCUGUUUGUCUCAUCGCUAAAUUAGUAAAAAAUAUAUAAAAUUAAAAGAUCCAAAGGGAUAAAAGAAUUCGCCAAAUUUACAAAAAAGUCACACAGACAAAAUUAAACAGCAACAAUCGACCCCGCCGAUAAAACAGACGCGCCCAACUGCACAAACAAGGACAAUAUACGGAUAGCACAUGGCUUAGAUAGCCUGGCCGUUUACAGUCAUAUACUUUUGUGGGGUUAAAUUAGUUUGAAAUGUGCAUAAACGUCUCCCUUUGUCUAUCUGGACCACAUGUCAUAACAUUAAAAAAUACUUAACGUUACAGCAGCAAUUAGUAUAACCGAAACUUUGAACACGUCUCACGCCUGUAUCCCUUGCCGUUGAAAGAUUUAAGAAAAUUUUGGGGUUAAAUUCAGUAUUUUAGUGGAAGUGUCAAAGCCAGUACCUUCACAAACCAGUAACAAAUGAGACUGAACGAUUCUUAACAUUUUAGUGACAAGUACACCUUUUUAUUUUAUUUCAAAAAUUUAUAUAAAACAGACUUCUCGUAUUGAGUGGAGUAAAUGAGUCCAUCAGAAUACGAAUUUGACACAUUUCAUCGACCACCUUUCAAUUCAUUUAUAUAGCUUUGUACGAUAUUAUGCACCGAUUGAUAUGAUGCCAAUUCAGUUCUUAAAAAAAGAGUACAUUAAAUGCAAGACUUUGCCAUUUAAUAGGAUAAUAAGAAUAAAUAUCGUGUAAAUAUCAAAUAAUCAUGUAUAAUAUACUGGUCACAGGUUUUGGUAUUAUCAAGGCAUAUGCAUGCAAAUUAUUUAUACAUUACACAUAACUCUGAAAAUGCACGCGUUUAAGCAAACCAUAAGCAUGCAUAAAAGGCAUUACUGUAAACGAUAGAGGAUAUCACAAGGCAAACUAUAGUCAUGAGUACUCGAGUGUUUCCUGCAAUUAAAUACGUAUUUAAAACAAAGAAGAAGACAAGAUUAGUUUAGCAUGUUUAGCAAACACAGGCGUGUACAGGAGAUAGACAAGUGCCUGACCUUUUUAAUCAGCUCAAGUUUUUGCAUUGUAUUGGUAUGGUCAUAUUGUAAUCUUAAUAAAAUGUUAUUUCCCUCGUAGAUCUGUAUGAUUUAGCGGAUUGAUUGAUUGGUAUUGCUUGAUUAAAGUCUAGGUACAAAUGUUUAAUGCAUAACGUGACCAAAUAACAUGUUGUACAAAACGUAUAAAAUGAAGUCAUGUUGGAUAGGAGCAGAAAUUGUCUU